UAUAAGCGGAGUCUUCAUACGAGACUGAACAUUUUUUGUGUUAGUACCGGCGAGUCGUGGUGCUCGCACGUCAAAGAGGCUGCGGGCCGACGAAUGCCAGUAUGGUGCGCGCGACGUGUGAUACGAAAAGCCACCGUUAAAUCGCACACGACAAGCUCCGGUUAGGCGCGACUUCCCUUAAAGUGCGGUGGCGAAAAGCAGAGGGAACGCUUCAGGAGUAAGGAGAUUCACGUAGUGUCGGAUAAUCUGUGUGUAGUGCCAAGACUGCGGUUUACGCGCGUGUGUCAUGGUUAAAUUCAAGAUGCUAUUUGCGCUGUUCUGCGUCCUGUUAAUUGGACAUCAUGUACAAGCGGUAGUCAACAAAGCGACCUCGCAAGUACCGUUAAUCAAGGAAGAAGAGAAAUCCAAGGUUAAAGCCGAUGACAGAAUAAGUAAUACUUUCGAUUCUCCGGCUGACGAGUACGGGCCACCGUUGGGAUCUGGUUUUAAGGGACCAGCGCCAGUAUAUGGGCCACCGGAAUUAGUCGGUAAUCUUGGACCAACACCUAUUUAUCCGCCGCCACCGCCGGAAUUGCCGCCACCUGUAUUCGGAUCGUUGGCCGUCUCCUACGGGCCACCACGAGGUGUUAAGCCGCAAUAUGGGCCGCCGAAACAAAGUUUCGGCCUGGCGACGUCUUCCCUUUUUUCUAAGCCUACUUACGGCCCGCCGAAACUUCAUUAUGGACUACCGAAACAACACUUUAUGCCGCCGUUGAUUUCGUUCCCGCCGUUCAGAUCACCGAAACCGCAGUACGGCCCGCCAUUGAAGCUCGUAGCUACAUCGAGUCAGCAAUAUAUACCGCCUAAGCCAGGUCACGGACCACCUAUCCCUCUAUCGCUCGAGACUUACGGUCCACCGCCUCCGAAAUUAGCUAUUCAGUUUAAUCCUCUGCCCAAUGACGAGUACGGUCCACCGCCGCCGCCCGUAUCUGUGCCGCAACCGCAAUACGGUCCACCGGCCGGUGAUUUAUACGGACCUCCACCGCCAGCACCUCCGCCAGGAGUUCCAGCGCCACCCACACCCCCUGACAUAAAGUACGAUGGAUGGCAGCCCAUCGCGGGAUUGGCUACCACCCCUAAUCAAAGUGGUCCACCGACAGAUACAUAUGGCCCUCCCCUCGACGCGAAGCAUAAUUACGUCGAAAGUUCGGCGGGAACGCAAUUGUCUCACGCUUCAUUGAGCACCUCGAUAGAUGCGAAUGUGCCCAGCGAUUCCUAUGGCGUGCCGUUGCAGAACCCUGAAGAUCAAGAUCUGAAGACGUCCGUGCGCGAGUCCUCGGCUUCCUCGGAGAGCAAUGGAUUACCGCCGCCGCCGUUGCCGCAGAACGAACCUCUGCACAACAAUCAAGGUCCGGGUGUCAUCACUACGUCCAGUCAAUCCGAUCAUCAGUUCGGUCGACAGCAAUUAAACUUACAGUACGGAGCGCCGAACAUCGAACCACUGUCCAUCGUAAAGACAGUGGGAUUUGAACUGUUGCCGACAACCGGCGCUUUGAACGCGGACCUCUCAGGUUCAGGUGGUACUUCUGACAUCUCAUCAUUCAAUCACAUCUCAAAUUCGGUUAAUACCAAUUCCGCUCCGCUUCACUCGGGACUAGAGUUGACAUCGGAUAGUGGCGCAUCCCACGCCGACGCUCUAAGCAAUGGCGGAGGUGCUCACGGAUUUCAAAAUAUAGGAAACGAUCUGUCCCUGCAACAGCUUCCGCAGCAAUCGCCGUCGAGCGAUUACGGUCCGCCUUUAACUGCUUUUGGAAAGCCUACCGAUAUACCAGGAGCAUCUCUGCUUUCUCCUCCACCUUUAAAUUCCUACGGUGCACCACCUCUUUCCUCUUACUCGCCUAAUGGUCCCUAUCCUGCGGCGCACGGAGGACGAGGCUCGUUGUUUUCGUCAUUCGGAAUAUUUGGAGGCUCUUUUCAUAAGCAGAACCUGCAUUCUCCUCGUUUUCAUGGCCCAUUCAGGCCGCCGUCAAUUCCCGUUGGCUCUUUUAUACCACCGCGAAAUCGAGAUCCGAUUAAAUUCAGGGAACCAAUACCAACGGGACUCUUGUCAAAUCUUAAUCGCUAUUUACCGCCAUUUGCAAAACAACAGCAGUUACCAAAUCUUCACGUGCCAGUGUCUUUCCGUCAUACGUCGGGCUCGGGUAAUUUAUUUUCGGGCUCUUUCGGAUCGUCAGGUUCGUUUAAUCUACCCCACUUGCAUUCUCCGAUUGCCGCGCCUCACGUUCAAUACGGAACUCCGUUAUCGUUCAACGAUUUCAAUACACCAGCACCACACUUAACUUACGGAGCACCUAAUUUUGGCCCACCGACCUCCUUUAUCUCAACAUCUUCCGGAUUUGGUAAUAAUCUCUACAGCGGAAUUGGUAAUACGCUGACAACGUACGGAACACCUGUGGUAAACGCGCCAUUAUCAAUCGGCGGCGGUGGUUACGAUUGCAAUUCCUUGCAGCCACUCUUGCCCGUGAACGGGGCGUUGCAUUCAAGUGGAGGACUGUCCGCAACCGGAGAGCUACCUUUAAGCGGUAGUUUACCUUCAGGCGGAGAAUUGCAUUCCAGCGGAGAGCUACACUUGAGUGGAGGCUUAUCUUCGGGUGGUGAAGGGCCCUCGAGCGAGGGACUAUCGUUAGGUGGUGGAUUACCCGCGCAUUCUAGCGGCAAGCUCGGUUUUGAAAAUGCAGGGCCCUCCGCUGGAAACGCGGACAGUCACAACGCGGUUUUCGCGGGAAACGAUUUAUCCGACGUCAACAAUCAGAAUUCCGUUUUCGCGGAUAAUUUACUGCCGCUCACGAAACCGCUUGACAAUUUUCUGGGAGGUCCUCCGGUGAGCACACUGGAUUUAGAGCAUACCGAACUGCAGAAGACCAAUUUAAAGGACAGCUACGGCAAUCCCGUAGGACUAACUUACGAUUCGUCGAACGAAGCGAGCGAUGCCAGUGCCGUUCACACAUCCGUUGCAGACAUCUCGAACGAGCUGUCCGCGCAAGUGUCUAGUCAGUCUCGUAAUGUCUAUCCCGCGGCAUCGUCGUUCGUGCGCGGUUCAGGAAUCUCGGCCGAAGCGCUAACAGCAAGCUUGACCGCGCAGGGCUUGAGCCACGAGAAGAACAUCGGAUCGAAUGAGGUGGACGCUAGUCAAUUUCUGAAAUCGAGCGAGGGUAGCGAGGCAUUGUCACUGGCCCAGAGACUGACCGCUGACAAUGCCGACGGCUUUGAGAUUCACGGUUCCAAGGGCACUUACAGAUUGCAGAUACAGCCAGCGGACGGCGGACUGGGCACCGAGAACUCGGAUGGCAGCAUCCGACACGAUCAGGUGUUGUCGAACGGCCUUCUUCAGGACAUACUGGCUGCCAUAGAGCAGCCGGAAAACGGUGUUAUACAACUUCAAGGUUUACCGCAGCUUCAGCAAUUGGAUAAAGUUUUCGGUCCUGAUUUGCAUCCGCAAGAAACUGGUGUCACCAACGGUCACUUCAUCACCGUAGAUAGUCAAGCGCAAAACAACGGACUGCAAGAUCGGGUCGAAAAAGUUAGCGAUAAGGAUGAGGAUAGGAAGUAUUUAAAAAAUCAAUCGUCAAUAGCUUUGUUCUUUGAUACUAAAUACGGAGAAGCGAAAAAAGAGAUUAGGUCGACGUCGAAAAACGAAACACAAGUCAUGAGGGAAAAUAAGCAGAACAACAAUAAAACAAAAUCCUCGUAAAUUAAUUCAUAAGUGCCUUUGUAAAAAUAUUUUUCAGUACUCUUAAUAUAGCUUCGCAAUCGCCCUGAUUCUCUUUGCAGAGACUUCUGUUGAUUUCCACUUUCGACGAGAGAGAAGAUAGCGCUGCUAACGUGAUGCCGUUUACUUUCUUUGCUUGUGAUUAAUCAAAAUAUCGAUUCUUCAUAUUAAAAUUAUGUUGCGAUAGUCACGACACAUCUUCGAAUGUUUCUUGCAUAUUCGAAUAUCUUGAAAAAUAUAGAUACUUGGCGCGAGACACCGCGCGCCGCCGCCGUCGCGUCUCUUGAUAAAAACAUGUAACAUUCUAGCGUUACAAGUUCUUUGGUAUUUUUGCUUCAAAUGUAUGACCGCAACCGCAAACGAUCAUUUGUCCAUGUAUAUCAAUAUAUUAGAAUUUCUAUUCCAAAAAAAAGUUGCGAUAAAUCGAUGUUUAGCAAUUCAAUGUUGAAACUUUCUAGUAACUCGUUUUAUUGCAUUUAUUUUUAAAAAUUGUUUCAACAAAGACACGAGAUUGCGUAAUUUAAUAGUACGCCGAAGAAAUAUCUGAUCGACUGGAAAUUGAAAUUAGAAGGCAUGAAAUGCGCGAACACGAAACGAAAGUUUACGCAAUCCUUUUUUCUUUUUGCAAUCUUAUUUUCGUUUAAGCAAGCGAAAGUGACGAUUGCUUGUUGGCCAGUAUCGAUAACGUCCUAUUAGACGAAUCGUCCGCUUGCUCAAGAAUUUCUCGCCUCUCACCAAGAUUACAGAGCGCUUGUGGGAAGAGACGCGGAGGGGGGGGGGGGGUAUCAACGGCAUUUUUAUCGUGUGAGAAGAUUUCACGUUCGUGAGUGCUGAUCCUUUUUAUCAGGUCAAACGUUUGCUAAGAUCCGACUCAAAACGCUCCGACUUUUCCGUGUCCUCGCGUCAGCGGCUUAUCUUGUCCUCGUCCAUGGAAAUCUCGUUGACUCGAUAGUUCUUUCGAGAACUAGGUACGAGGGGAAUUAUUUAAAUGUCGAACGAGAUUUUUGUCGGAUUAUUGAUAAUCGAUCGCCACCACGCCUUUCGAUCCGAUUCGAAAAAAAAAGGUGGCCAAAGUCUGGCAUUCGCUGCUCUCGCACAAUGCAUGAAAACGUUAAGCGCGCGGUAUACGAGGCGACAUUUAUUAACACCUGUAUGUAGGUCAAUAGGUUACGGCACUCCGCUCUCGCGAAGCGUCUGCAGUUAGCGAUACCGGUGCACUCGUGUAAAGUCACUUGGUCAUUCGCCAGUUGGAUUGAUCGACGGCCUCGUAUCUUUCACAGAGUUUUUAGUCUUUACCGAGGUGAAAGUUCAGAACCUCAUUUUAACGACCCGGCGGCACAGCGCCCGGUUCCUAUGAGAAUCUCGUUCCGAGUGAAACGCAUUGCUCGUCUCUCUGCGGACGCGUGCAAGCGCGACACGCUUGGUUUUACAUGCCUUUGUGACGAUAACCGGCGGAUGCGGACCUACAUUACCGUCUAGUCCGCCGUCAGGUGCGUGCGAGGAGAUACACGCAUGCCGUACGCGUGCUUUAGGGCCGUGCACGCGGAGAACUUAAAAAAAAAAAAAAAAAAAAAAGAAACGUCGACUACCAUCGGGCACGAGAGAACGCAAGCGAUGUACGUUACUUCCUUCCGCCGCUCGCGUAUUAACGACUUUUACGCGACUCAGGAUUCGCAGUUCUGCGCGUAAGUUGAAAAUGAGCGCCUGUCGUGAAAGCGCACCGUUAAAAUCCCGAGUGUGGCAUAAUCUUAAAGUUCUUGCAUUUUUAUGCCCUUUCGCCUGGCAAACGGUUAUGCAUAACUUGGUGUAU